CUAGUAAAAGUGAUAUUUUCACUCUGUUUUUCAGGCUAUGGAUGCAGCUCAGCUUGCCGAUGACCUUCGGGCUCAAUUGGAGCUGGCUCAGAAGAAGUUGCAUGACUUCCAGGAGGAGAUUGUGGAGAACAGUGUGACCAAAGAGAAGGAUAUGUUCAACUUCAAACGAGCCCAGGAAGAUAUCUCAAGGCUACGGAGGAAGCUGGAGACAACCAAGAAACCUGACAUGGUUCCCAACUGUGAUGAAAUCCUUAUGGAGGAGAUUAAAGAUUAUAAGGCCCGCCUAACGUGCCCCUGCUGCAACAUGCGCAAGAAGGAUGCCGUGCUCACUAAGUGCUUCCACGUCUUUUGCUUUGAAUGUGUGAAAACCCGGUAUGACACCCGGCAGCGCAAAUGUCCUAAGUGCAAUGCUGCUUUUGGGGCCAACGACUUCCACCGUAUCUACAUUGGCUGAGUCUGCCCAUUCAGGGGCUGAAAGGCAUCUCAGCUACCAACCCUCUGUAUUUGUUACUCAUCAGCAGGCUGGAUACUGCUCCUCUCUGUCAGCUGUCUUCUUGUCCUCCUGUUUUGUUUUUUUUAAAAGACAGAUCUUGGAAAUGGGGUUAUUUUUGUUAUUAUUAUUUUUUUGUCCUCCUCCUUUUCUGCUUCAGUUUUGUUUUGAUUUGCUUUUUAUUUAGUACUGCCAACCCCCAAGCGGGUCCUUCUUCAUUGCCUCUGCCUAUUAGGGAUGAGUGUUUAUUAUGAGAAAUGGUGUUCAGUUGAGCCCUGACACAAGCAGUAGCUGUGGAAUAGGCAGCGGUUGAAUCAGACUGUGCCCUUAAUACUAGAGAACUGGCUUGGGUUAGUUUAAUGAGCUUUCUUGUGGACAUUUUAAGUUCAUUUUCCAUUUCUGUUUUCUAAUAAAGGUGAACACCCAUCUUCUUGGUCAGAAUGUUCCCCUAUGUUGUGUGUAUUUGUGCUUACAGUUGCAUUUGUUGUGAGCCUUCAACAGCAUUAUGGGUCCACAGACUUCCUCCCUUUUAAGGAUUUUUCAGAGCGAUCUGUUAUAGCCAUUACAUUGCAGAGAAAGAAGGGAGGGAGGGGCUCAGUUCUGGUAAGAAGGGUGGUUGCGGUAGAACCACUAAGGUGUUCAAUGCUAAUCUUCUAAAAUGGGGCAAGAUCGCCAGUGACAUAUAAAACAACUUGUCGCAUCAAAGAAGAUGUUGCCUUGUCUCUAUUUGACUGUUUGCACCAAGAAGAAAAAAGACAAAAUAAAAAAGAUGGAUUCACACCUGCUUGUAGGCUCCAGCGCUCUUGAAGGAGUGUAAUCCACCAUACAAAGUGAAUCAAGUCUUUGAACUAGAGCCUAUAUGGCCAAAGACACAAGUAGGUCUAUCUCCUAUUUUUUCAUGGCAGAUGAAUCACACAAGUGGGGUCAACCCGCAUGAACCAGAACAGCAUUUGAUUCAAUCUGCUAUGUGCCCUGAAAGCGGCCACCUCCUAUGACCUCUCCUGUACUGGAUCUAUACCUGGGACUAAAAAAUCAAACUGGACCUUUAAGACUACUGUUCCACUGAGAAACCCCUUUUAGGCUAGAGUAGAGGGGUUAUGGUAGGAACAAAUAAUGGCCAGUAUAUCAAGAUACUUCAGUUCAAUUUACUGUAUCAGAUUCCUCCCCCCACCCCACUGCUUUUUGCUAUACAAAUGAUCAGUUUGAAAGUAAAUCUGUGCCAAUAAAAAUUGUGGUUCUAUGUAGUA